UGAUUACAUAUAUUUUUUACUACCCGGCAAUUGAUUAUUUUCCUACGCGAACACGCUUAUUGACUGCAACCGGCGUGUGUAUCAGUCAGAAACGCUACAGAUUGAACAGGGCGAAGCUCGUUUAGUUGCGACAAAGAAAACACAACACAUCUAAAUAUGCCUGAACAACAAAAUAUGGAAGAUGGCGAAACUGAAACCUUCGCAUUCCAGGCGGAAAUUGCUCAGCUUAUGAGCUUGAUUAUCAACACCUUUUAUUCCAAUAAAGAAAUCUUCCUCAGAGAAUUGAUCUCCAACAGUUCUGAUGCUCUUGAUAAGAUUAGAUAUGAAAGUCUCACGGAUCCAUCCAAGCUGGACAGUGGGAAAGAAUUGUACAUCAAGAUCAUCCCAGACAGAGAAAGGAACACACUGACCCUCAUUGAUACUGGUAUUGGAAUGACCAAGGCUGAUCUUGUCAACAACCUUGGUACCAUCGCAAAGUCUGGAACGAAAGCCUUCAUGGAAGCCCUCCAGGCUGGAGCUGAUAUAUCUAUGAUUGGUCAGUUUGGUGUAGGUUUCUACUCUGCUUACCUUAUUGCAGACAAAGUGACCGUUGUCUCCAAGAAUAAUGAUGAUGAAGGUUACACUUGGGAAUCUUCUGCUGGUGGAUCAUUCACAAUUAAACCAAACCAUGAUACACCAUUUGAGCGUGGAACAAUGAUCACCCUUCAGAUCAAAGAGGAUCAGGCAGAAUAUUUGGAAGAGAAGCGCAUCAAAGAGGUAGUGAAGAAACAUUCCCAGUUCAUUGGCUAUCCCAUCAAGCUUGUUUGUGAAAAGGAAAGAGAUAAGGAAGUCUCUGAUGAUGAAGAGGAGGAAGAAAAGAAAGAGGAUGCUGCUGAUGGUGAAGAGAAAAAGGAGGAAGACAAGCCCAAGGUAGAGGAUCUUGAUGAAGAUGAGGAAGAUGAUGAUAAAAAAGACAAAAAGAAGAAAAAGAAGAUCAAGGAAAAGUACCAGGAAGAUGAAGAAUUAAAUAAGACCAAGCCACUUUGGACCAGAAAUCCCGAUGACAUCACACAAGAGGAAUAUGGAGAGUUCUACAAGUCACUCACCAAUGAUUGGGAAGAUCAUUUAGCCGUGAAGCACUUCUCCGUUGAAGGCCAGCUUGAAUUCCGUGCUCUUCUGUUUGUUCCAAAGAGAGCUCCAUUCGACAUGUUUGAAAACAAAAAGAAAAAGAACAAUAUCAAACUAUAUGUGAGAAGAGUUUUUAUCAUGGACAAUUGUGAAGAAUUGAUUCCAGAAUAUUUGAACUUUAUGAAGGGAAUAGUAGACUCUGAGGACCUUCCUUUAAAUAUUUCAAGAGAAAUGUUGCAACAGAGUAAAAUCCUCAAGGUCAUUCGCAAAAAUCUUGUAAAGAAAUGUAUGGAACUCUUUGAUGAUUUGGUAGAAGACAAAGAUAACUACAAAAAAUUCUAUGAACAGUUUGCCAAGAAUCUCAAGCUUGGUAUCCAUGAAGAUUCAACAAACAGAAAAAAGAUUGCCAACUUCCUUAGGUACCAUACUUCACAGUCUGGUGAUGAAAUGUCCUCAUUGAAGGAGUAUGUAUCCAGAAUGAAGGAAAACCAGAAAGAUAUCUAUUACAUUACAGGUGAAAGCAAGGAAGUUGUACAGUCCUCUGCUUUUGUUGAGCGUGUAAUCAGCCGUGGUUUUGAAGUAGUCUACAUGACUGACCCAAUUGAUGAAUACUCUGUACAACAGCUUAAGGAGUUUGAAGGCAAGAACUUGGUAUGUGUUACCAAGGAAGGUCUUGAACUCCCCGAGGACGAGGAUGAGAAAAAGAAACGUGAAGAACAAACAGCUGAAUUUGAAGGCUUGUGCAAAGUCAUGAAGGAAAUCCUUGACAAAAAAGUUGAAAAGGUUACAGUAUCAAAUCGUUUGGUGAAUUCCCCAUGUUGUAUUGUCACAAGUCAGUAUGGUUGGUCAGCCAACAUGGAGCGUAUAAUGAAGGCACAGGCCCUCCGAGAUUCCAGCACCAUGGGUUACAUGGCAGCAAAGAAACAUCUGGAAGUCAAUCCAGAUCACUCAAUUAUUAAAGCAUUGAAGGACAAAGUUGGUGUAGAUAAAAAUGAUAAAUCAGUGAAAGAUUUAGUUCUCCUGAUGUAUGAAACAGCUCUCCUAGCCUCUGGAUUCUCCCUUGAAGAGCCAACAACCCAUGCCAAUAGAAUCAACAGAAUGAUCAAACUUGGUCUUGGCAUUGACGAGGAUGAUGUAGUUGUUCAAGAAUCUGGUGAAGCUAACUCUGAAGAAAUGCCCCCAUUGGAAGGUGAUGAUGAUGAUGCUUCAAGAAUGGAGGAAGUUGAUUAAUUGGAAAAAACUCUGAUACAAACUUUAAUUAUUUAUAUCAUCCAGCCGUUGCCAUUCUGAGUGAAAUACCGAGAUCCUGUGUCGAGACCAAAUAGAUGUUAAAUGUGUUGUUUCAUCUUUGUUUUUAUAAAACUCUGUUGUGUUCAUUAUUGUGAAGAUCGUGUGUUAAUUAAUAGAUUUUGUUGCAAUAAGCAAAAUUUGCAAGAAAGACUUGUUAAUAUUCAUAUUUCAUUUCAUUCUGGUUUAACAUAGUUAAAUGACUUUCUUAACAUCUCGCUUCCAUCUCGCAACUGAUCAAAUAUCAUCAGCAGUUUAGUUCUGUUCAAUCUGUGAUUUUUUUUUCUAGUUUAUAUUUUAAAUAUGUUGCAGUAUAUUGUCAGUUCUGAAAUACAUUUGAGCAUGUCUGUAGAUACUCAUUGUUAAUAUUCAUCCAUUAGAGCUCAUCUUUGACCCAUCUUUUGUUUUUCAUAAAUGAUAAUAACUGUUAAUAAAACUAGAAAAAUAA